CAAGAACAGCUGAUUGUGCAACAAGGUGGCAGCGCUUAACAAAAAGGAAAACGUAAACAAGCUGAAAGUUUUGUGCUGCUUUAAAUCUUCGCUAAAGUGAUUAUAUUCUGCUUAUUUUGCAAUAAGUCUUUAAAAAGCAAGAUGCCUAUCGUUGUAAAAACAAAUAGUGCUGGCACUGGCGAAUGGGCUAUAAUUGAGCUGCAAGGUGAUCUGGAGGUGCGCCAAAACCAAAAUAUGCACGAACAGUUCAUUGGUGAUCUUUACUACAACAAAUAUGGACAACCUAUACUUAUUAUAGGCCAUCAUAUACUCCAAGGUAGAGAGCAAAAGCUGGACAAGCCGUUUGCCGUGCUUGAAAAAUCAAAGACAAAUGAAGGACAGCAGCUAUUGAAUUUGACCAAUGCCACAUUGGAUGCCAGCAGCUUAAAUGCCACCGCUGGCGCUGAGCGCACUCUGCUGGAUGAAACAGUCGCACUAGAGCAUAAGAGCCGCCAACGCACAGAGUACACAGUGCGCGCUAUUUGCACUAAGAAACUAAUAUUUAAAUCGCGGCCCAAACCUAUUAUAGCCAAUGUAGCAAAGUCCGUUUAG